CCCGCCCUCGCCCCCUCCUCUCCUACCCUUCAGAACCCGCGGAGCAGGGGGAGUAUGGAGCAAACGCCGCUGCUCUGGCACCAUGACGCUCGCCCGCUUCGCGGUGGCUCUGAUUUUCGGGGCGCUCCCCGGAGUGGUCAGCUUUGAUCCGGUCCUCAGUUAUCCUCUGGGUCCCCAGUACCCUUACUACCUUCCUACCCAGCAGCGUCCACAGAGGACGCCUCUGCCGCGCGUCCCGCGUCCCCCGGCGGCGCUCCGGACCCCGCGCCUGCAGGCCCUCCACGCCCGGCACACGCCCGGGCCGCGCGCCGGGGACUGCCCCGCCGGCGAGCCCUGGGUCAACGUGACGGACUUCGGCGCCUCUUGUCUGCGCUGGGCAGAGGUGCCACCGUUCCUCGAGCGGUCGCCCCCGGCGGGCUGGGCUCAACUGCGAGGGCAGAGCCACAACUUUUGCCGGAGCCCCGACGGCACGGGCAGACCCUGGUGCUUCUAUGGGAACGCCCACGGCAAGGUGGACUGGGGCUACUGCGACUGCAGACACGGGUCAGUCCGACUUCAUGGUGGCAAAAACGAGUUUGAAGGCACAGUGGAAGUAUAUGCAAAUGGAGUUUGGGGCACAGUCUGUAGCAGCCACUGGGAUGACUCUGAUGCAUCGGUUGUUUGUCACCAGCUGCAGCUGGGAGGUAAAGGAGUAGCAAGACAAACCCCAUUUUCUGGACUGGGCCUUAUUCCCAUUUAUUGGAGCAAUGUCCAUUGCCGAGGAGAUGAAGAAAAUAUACUGCUUUGUGAAAAAGACAUCUGGCAGGGUGGGACGUGUCCUCAGAAGAAGGCAGCUGCUGUCACGUGUAGCUUUUCCCAUGGCCCUGCAUUCCCCGUCCUACGCCUUGCUGGGGGCAGCAGUGCGCGUGAGGGCCGAGUGGAGCUCUACCAUGCGGGUCAGUGGGGGACUGUCUGUGACGACCAGUGGGAUGAUGCAGAUGCAGAAGUGGUCUGCAGGCAGCUGGGCCUGAGCGGCAUUGCCAAAGCAUGGAAUCAGGCAUAUUUUGGGGAAGGAUCUGGCCCAGUGAUGUUGGAUGAAGUACGCUGCACUGGGAAUGAGCUUUCUAUUGAGCAGUGUCCAAAGAGUUCCUGGGGAGAGCAUAAUUGUGGCCAUAAAGAAGAUGCUGGAGUGUCCUGUACCCCUCUAACAGAUGGAGUCAUCAGACUUGCAGGUGGUAAAGGCAACCAUGAGGGUCGCCUGGAGGUGUAUUACAGGGGACAGUGGGGCACUGUCUGUGAUGACGGCUGGACUGAGCUGAAUACAUAUGUGGUUUGCCGACAGCUGGGAUUUAAAUAUGGCAAACAAGCCUCUGCAAACCACUUUGAAGAAAGCACAGGGUCCAUAUGGUUGGAUGAUGUCAACUGCUCAGGAAAGGAAACCAGUUUCCUUCAGUGUUCUCGGAGACCCUGGGAAAGGCAUGACUGCAGCCAUCGGGAAGAUGUUGCUGUCUCCUGCUACCCUGGCAGGGAUGGACACAGACUGUCUCUGGGUUUUCCAAUCAGACUGAUGGAUGGAGAAAAUAAGAAAGAAGGACGAGUGGAGGUUUUUAUAAAUGGCCAGUGGGGAACAAUUUGUGAUGAUGGGUGGACUGAUAAGGAUGCAACUGUGAUCUGUCGACAGCUUGGCUACAAGGGUCCUGCCAGAGCAAGAACCAUGGCUUAUUUUGGGGAAGGAAAAGGACCCAUCCACGUGGAUAAUGUGAAGUGCACAGGAAACGAGAGGUCCCUGGCUGACUGUAUCAAACAAGAUAUUGGAAGACACAACUGCCGCCACGGUGAAGAUGCAGGAGUUAUUUGUGAUUAUUUUGACAAGAAAGCAUCAGGUAACAGUAAUAAAGAGUCUCUCUUUUCUGUUUGUGGUGUGAGAUUACUGCACCGUCGGCAGAAGCGGAUCAUUGGUGGGAAAAAUUCUUUAAGGGGUGGUUGGCCUUGGCAAGUGUCCCUCCGACUCAAGUCAUCCCAUGGAGAUGGCAGACUCCUUUGCGGGGCCACACUCCUGAGUAGCUGCUGGGUCCUCACAGCAGCACACUGCUUCAAGAGGUAUGGUAACAGCACUAGGAACUAUGCUGUUCGGGUUGGGGAUUAUCAUACUCUGGUGCCGGAGGAGUUUGAGGAAGAAAUUGGAGUUCAGCAGAUUGUGAUUCACCGGGAGUAUCGACCAGACAGCAGUGACUACAACAUCGCCCUGGUUAGACUACAAGGACCAGAAGAACAAUGUGCCAGAUUCAGCAGCCACGUUUUGCCAGCCUGUUUGCCACUCCGGAGAGAGAGGCCACGGAAAACAGCCUCCAAGUGUUACAUAACAGGAUGGGGAGACACAGGACGAGCCUACUCAAGAACUCUACAACAAGCAGCCAUCCCCUUACUUCCCAAGAGGUUUUGUGAAGACCGUUAUAAGGGUCGAUUUACAGGAAGGAUGCUCUGUGCUGGAAACCUCCAUGAACACAAACGUGUGGACAGCUGCCAGGGAGACAGCGGAGGACCACUCAUGUGUGAACGGCCAGGAGAGAGCUGGGUUGUAUAUGGGGUGACCUCCUGGGGAUAUGGCUGUGGGGUCAAGGAUUCCCCUGGUGUUUACACCAAAGUCUCAGCCUUUGUACCUUGGAUAAAAAGUAUCACCAAACUGUAAUCCUGCAUGGAAACCUCAAGAAAAUAAUAUUUAGAGAAUCUGUUGGAAACUUUCCAACAUUGGCAUUUAGCUGAGAUGCCAACUAAUGGGAAUGGAGAUCCGUGUUUCUGUGUUUUGUGUUGUAAGAACUGUGCACCCCUUUGCUGCUUGAGAAUUUGUGAUGUGAACAUUUUGGCUACAGAUACCUCAGUGUAGUAAUGAUUAUCCUUAUUUAGCAUUGUUGCCUACCCAAAUUAGUUUAAUGGACACUAAAUUCAUUAUUCUCAUGAGUCUUGUCUCUGCCUGUUUCUCAGCAUUCUCCAGAGAUUAUUGUAUA